CAUUGUUGACGAUAGAGAUGUAAAACAAAACAUUAUUAUAAAACGUGAAAAUAUAAAUAAUGACAAUGUAAAUAAAACGCCGAAUAUUUCAAACACUGAUGACAGUAUGGAAAAUAAUCAAUCCCAUAUGGAAAUCGUCCAAAAUUAUUCUGACGUUGAUAGUUGUAAUGAAAGAGAUCCGCAAAUGAAUGCUGGACUUUCAGAAUCAUCACACAAAAACUGUCAAUGGAUACGAUAUUUUGGAGAUUGCUCCGAAAAAGAUUUGGAAUCUCCUUAUAAAGCAAAACGCGUUUGGCAAAUAGUCACAAACACAGUCAACCAUCAAAGACGUAAAAUAUUAAAAUUGCACCAACAAAUUCGACGACAGAACAGGAAGAUCACGAAGAUGCAAUCCUUGAUUGUCGAAUUAAAGAAAAAACAGAUAAUAUCCAAUCAAGCUAAAAAUAUUAUAUCUGCUUCUGUUCCUGAGCAAUGUAGAGCACUUUGGCAGCGUCAGUUCGGUACAGUAGCAAAGAGUGCGUAUCCAGAUUCCCUUAGAACAUUUGUAAUGACAUAUUUCUAUUCGAGUGCAGCAUACGAUUACGUUCGGAAAACCUUUAUGAAAUCCUUACCACAUCCAUUAACAAUCAGACGGUGGUAUCAACAUAUCACUGGAUCGUCUGGCUUUACUGAAGAAGCUAUCACCGCAUUGAAGGAGAAAAUAAAAACAGCUUCGUCUGAAGGCAAAUGUUUGUUUUAUCUUGUUGCAGACGAGAUUAGUUUAAGAAAGUGUGUUGAAUUAGAUGAUGAUCAAUAUAUAGAAAUGUUUUCAACUAUGGUUUAUAAUAAAACAGAAAAAGAAGAUGAAUUCACAGAAAAAACAAAUAGAAAUACAUGUACAGAGACAACUAAUGUUGAAGUAAUUCAAAUGCAAGAAGAGACUAGUAAUGCCAACACUUCAGAAGUAAUUCUGCCAAUCACUAUCUAUGACAUAGAGGCUGGAAAAAUUGAACCAAGUACAUCCAGGAGUCAAAAUGUAAUUGAUAAAUCGACGGGUAAUAGCCCAAGGAAAAGAAAAUUGCAUUUGAAGAUCAAAAGAUUACAGGCGCAAAAUAAAACGCUACGUGAAAGUAUUAGAAGUCGUCUAAUACGACUUCGUUUAGAAAAAAAGAAGAAGAAGAAAGAUGGAAUAUCUUACCGGUAUCUCAAAACACGUAGAUUAAAUCAAGAUUGCAUCGAAAAUUUCUUUGACUCUGUUCGGAAACAAGAACAAUCGAAAAAUCAAAAUUGUGCUCCUGAUAAUGAUGAAAUACUAAAUCUUAUUGGACCGUCUAGUAUUAAAGAGUCCACAACUUCGGAAUUUGUUCCAUCAUUAACGCUUAAAGUUUUAAAAAUUCCAACUCAUGAUUACCAAAUAAUGACUCUGCCAGAAGAAAAUGCGCUUAAAUUGAGAGCGGAGAUAUUCAAGGUGGACAAAGUUAUAGCCCCACCUGGUACCUAUAUGAAUAUUUGA